UAGAUAGAUGACGUUUUCCUCUCCGUUUCAUCUCUUCCAGGCUACGCCUUCCUGCUUUUCCAAGAAGAGGCUUCAGUUCAGGCCUUGAUCGACGCCUGCAUCGAGGAGGACGGGAAGCUCUACCUGUGCGUGUCCAGCCCCACCAUCAAGGACAAACCAGUCCAGAUCCGUCCCUGGAACCUGAGCGACAGCGACUUUGUCAUGGACGGCUCCCAGCCUCUGGAUCCUCGCAAAACCAUCUUUGUCGGCGGCGUUCCUCGGCCCCUGCGUGCAGUGGAGCUCGCCAUGAUCAUGGACCGGCUGUACGGAGGCGUCUGCUACGCCGGCAUCGACACCGACCCGGAGCUCAAGUAUCCGAAGGGAGCCGGCCGUGUGGCGUUCUCCAACCAGCAGAGCUACAUCGCCGCGAUCAGCGCCCGCUUCGUUCAGCUGCAGCACAACGACAUCGACAAAAGGGUGGAGGUGAAGCCGUACGUCCUCGACGACCAGAUGUGCGACGAGUGCCAGGGGGCGCGCUGCGGCGGGAAGUUCGCCCCCUUCUUCUGUGCCAACGUCACCUGCCUGCAGUACUACUGCGAGUACUGCUGGGCCAGCAUCCACUCCCGGGCCGGCCGGGAGUUUCACAAGCCGCUGGUGAAGGAGGGCGGCGACCGCCCGCGACACGUCUCCUUCCGCUGGAGCUGAGAGGGUCGCCCAUCGGCACUAAACACCCACCCACCCCCCUGCAGCCCCCAAACACCCACCCACCCCCACCAUGGAGAAAAAAAGAAGCAAAACGGAUCGCAUUCGCAGGACUUCUGUGUACACGCCACAUGGAUCCCCUCUGAUGAAGCUCUGUGGGGAAAACUACAUAUAAAAAAAAACUCCAUCAGCUUAAAAUUUGCACUUUGGCACAAAAUCUCACUGAAAACAGCCAACAGACACGCGCAGGACGGUUUGCUAUGUUCCACACCUGCUACUUUCAGUUCCCGGCUCUGGCAUGCCCUCACUUGAAGCAGAGCCGGGACCGUUAACACAUAUUUAAAAAUAUAGAUAGAUACAUAUAUAUAUAUAUAUAUAUUUUUUGUUUUGUUUUGUACUUAUCUAGAUAUAUAUAGAUAAUUUAAAUUUUAUGCAAAAAGAAGCAUGCACUUACUUUGAAACAGCUGUAGUUCCGUUGCCCCUAGUAAAA